UAUGUUUGAUUGGAGUUAACUCUCUUCGCGGAGUCGGGCUCAACCAAUCAAAAGCGGCAAUACAAAUAUAAACAUAAAAGACAUUUUUGACAGCAGGUUGUGGCGGCUGCCCCAAAUUUCGCAGCUAAGAACUUUUCAACUUUCGAAUGCUAAUGUUUGUGUUGUAAGGAAUAUCUAACAUACAAACACAUGAGACCUUGAUCGAACUGAAACUAUGCCAGGCAUUGUGGUGUCUCUCACUGAAGCUUUAGGAGUUAGAGGGGUACCCCUGGCUGAAACAGAUGUAUGGGCAAUACUGAACCAAAGUGCUGUCUAUUUCAAUGAGGCCACAAGAGAUAGGAACAAAGCAGAAGGGAGGGAUAAAUUCAUUGUAACUCCAGAUUCCCUUUGCUUCCGUCCAGAUGGGGGUGUGGAAAUUUCUCCCUCCCCAUCUCAAAACAAGGACGGAUAUCUUCACCCAGAGUUGCAGCAUGCUCCAAUCAAAACACUUGAAGCUGCUGAGAAGUGUUUUAUAUACUCCCUGGGGAGAUCCCUGAUAAAGGCAUUAGAAUUGGGGGACAGGAAACAGACCCCUGCUGUCAGUCAUAAUUUGGAGGGUGUCCUGUUCUCCAUGUGUCGUGUGGAUCCUGAGGCACAGAUCACUGUCAAUCAGGUUAUACAGGCGUGUUUUCUUUAUGCAGAAAGACAUAUAGAAGCCAGAAACAGUUCUCUGUAUACCAAAAAAAUAUACUCCAGUAUAAUGGGAAGUGAUGGCUCUGAGGAGGAGCACACAAGUGGUAGCAGUCGCCAUGACACUGGCUCUGCUUCCUCACGAGGACAAAGGUCAAGAGGAAGACAAAAGUACACAAGGAGACGAGAAAGGCAAAGGUCAAGGUCAUCUUUGUCACGUUCUAGAUCUCCAUCUAGAUCAAGGUCUCGAUCAAGGUCAAGACACAGGGACAGUAAAUAUGAUGAUAAAGGUUAUCAUCAUAAAGAAAACUACACACAACCUAUGUUCCACCCCAGUUUUAAACAGCCCCCCUCUUACCAGGAGCACUUGACUAUGUCCCCAGGGAGAUCCUAUCACCUGUCUGACAUCACAUUCACCUCCACUCAUAAUGGAGGACCAGUGCAGAAAGGUCAGAACAGGAGCAGACCAGCAAGUGGCACAGGAGCUUACAUGAGUGAGACAGCACAUCAAAAGUAUCUCCGACUGAAGGAGAGGCAAAGGAAACUGAAAAUCUUGAGGGUUGGGCUUAUGGGGGAGGGAUAUGAAGACUAUGACCCUGCAACUUUAAUGCCUGAUCUGCCCGGGUCAGACACCAGAUCAGUUUUGUCUGGAAUGUCAUUUACACAAGUGAAAAAUGUCAAGCAUGGACAAGGGUCAUAUACUCCAGGUCUUCAUGUGAAACAUGGUUCAGAAAUUGCCCUCAGACUCGGUCGAGAGUCAGACCGAGACAGUAUAAUCAGCAGUGAGAUGUCUAUAUGUCAGGAUCAGCAACCCAGAUCCAAAGACUAUAUGACUAACCCAGAGAAGCUGUUGUCCCGAGAUUAUGAGCAUCACAGACUGAGUCAGGAUAUUGAAAUGGAACAGAAACUUGAACAAUUGAAGGAUGAGUUUUACAGAAGAGCUGAAGAAAAUAAAGGGUUGAGAAAGCAAGUUUAUCAAGGAAAUCCUGUAGGAAAGUUGGCUCCUGACUACCAUGACAGUCACAAAUCUAAGGAUUACUAUGGACCUGAGUUUGUACACAAAUCAUCUAAACCACUUGUCAGAAUAUCAGUGCCGUUGCAAGGGGAGAGUCUAAAGAGCCCAUCUCACGUGAGGCGUGUGGUGGUAGUUCUCCUGUCUGGACAGAAACUGGAAGCUAUGGUGGACCCCAGUAUAACUGCACAGCAGAUGUUUGAAUCCAUUAUCACUCACAUUGAACUACCCGAAUUCUUCUUCUUUGGGCUGACAUAUAUUAGUGAGGGUGAACAUUUCUUCAUCGAGCCUGACAUGAAGCUUCACAAGGUAGCCCCUGAUGGAUGGAGGGACAACUGGAAGGAAAACAUGCCAGCCAUUACUCUGACUGUCUAUGUCAGGAUGAAGUUCUAUCCCUCCACUGUUGCUAUGCUGAGACACCAAAUAUCCAAGCACCUAUUGUACCUACAACUGAGACAUGAUAUUCUAGAGGAGAGAACACUGUGUGGAGAGGACCAGUGCAUGGAGUUAUCUGCCCUUGCUUUACAGGCAGAGUAUGGGGAUUACGACUCUGAGAGCAUGGGCAGGAACUACUUUCUGCAGGAGCACUACUUUCCACAUCGUGUUGUGAAACGUGUUGGAAAUGGUUUCAUCAGAGAUCAUGCCACUGAGGAACACCAGAAACAUUUGGGAUUGACAGACAGACAAGCAGAGUUAGAGUUCAUUAAGAAAUCCCUGAAGCUACAGGAAUAUGGAAUCCACUUCUACAAGUUAUUAAAGAACAAAAACAACACGAGUGAUAUUAUAUGGGUGGGGAUCAAUGUCUACUCCCUUUUGUUAGCUGAGAAUGAACCCCAGGGAAGAAUCAUUGUCCAGCAAUUCCCAUGGCAGAGUAUCAAGAAAAUCUCGUUCAACAAAAGGCGUUUCAGCAUUCAGAGCAAACCAGACUAUGGGGAGGAAAAGCCCCCUAAGCUAAAUUACUACACCAACACAUACAGAAAGGGUCGAUAUAUACUACAGUUUUCCACAGUUCAGCACCGAUUUGAGCUCAGUAUGAGGUCCAGGGAAUCUAACAUUGAUCCUCAAGAGUUAACAUUGGACUCAGUGGCUGAGUUAAUGUGUGAUGAGAGUAUGCUGGAUGAUGAGCAGAGCUCGAGCGAGUCACAUGGAGCAUCAGCAACAGAACCUACAAAUAGACUGCACAAUCCAAAAACAGAAAGCAGAGCAUUACCAUAUACAUUACCCCCACCAUAUAAGGCAGAUGCCAGUGUCAGCAUGCUUGAUUUGAGAGAGAAGUAUAAACUUCCCUCAGAUAAGAAGCGUGAGCGCUAUGCUGUUUCUACUGGGGACAUUUUCCAAGAGUCGCAGAAAAGGGAGACCGGACCAGCUUAUGUCAUAGAGAUGGCAGAUCAGAGCUCCAACUGGGGUGGGGAUGUGGCCCCCAACGAAACUGUUAACACCACACUUCAGACCAGAUUUAACAAUGAGCUUCUUUCUCCUGAACGAUCACAGCGACAUGUUUGUGAGAUUGUUCUGCAGAAAGAACCUGAGUUUGGAUUUGGCAUCACCAUUGUUGGUGGGGAAUCCACAGAUAAACUGGACCUGGGAAUAUUUGUCAAAGUGGUCACACCAGGAGGUCCAGCAGAUAGAAGCAAUCAAAUCAAGCCUGGAGAUCGAUUAAUCGCCAUUAAUGGCCAAAGUCUGGAGGGAAUUCAACAUCAUGCAGCCGUACAAAUGAUCAGAUACUCAGGAGAUACUGUACGUUUGCUGGUGUCACAAGUACGAGUGCCAAAAUCUGUCAAGCGUAGAGAUGACUAUGAUGAUGCCAUUUCCAAAUUACGAGCUUCCAAUACUAGUCCUUCUGAUAUACAUAUAUAUCGUCAGUUGUCAGAGGAUGACCACAAAAAUCAGGAUAAUUCAAACCAUUUUCUUGUCGUUGACAUUCCACAUAAUCAUGUUAGAGAUGACCCAUCUGUUGCUGAUGUGUCAACUAUGUCUCAGAUUGAAUCAAUAGAGAGUGAAGUGAUCCCUAUUUCUGACCUACCCCAAGACACCCAGCCUAUCCCCAGAGUGAGAGAUCCUGAUGACACAGAGAAUGAUGUGGACUCAGAUCUAGAGGAAGGGAUCCAAGCAGUAAUAGAGGGGCGGGGUGUGGACAAAACAGACCCACUGGAAGUCAUACAGUCUACAGAAUUCAAUGAGUGGCAAAAGUUUGAGGCAGUGUCAAGUCGUAAGACACCAGAGAUUCUGCCUGGGGAAGUGUUUGAGGUGACCUUGGAUAAAACGGGGAGUGUGUUUGGUCUAAAUGUCACUGGAGGUAAAAACACUUCUGUGAAGUUUGGAGGGAUUUAUGUCAAAUCCAUUCACCCCAACAGUCCUGCUGUACAAUUCACUGGUCAAACAGGCAUUCAACCAGGGGACAGAAUUCUGUCUGUUGGAGAGAUACCAAUGAAAAAUGUCACCCAUAAACAGGCUGUAGAGAUAAUUCAAAAUGCACCAGACAUUUGUAUAUUCAUUGUUGAACGGGGUGCUGGUUCUGUUUCCUCCCAAAGUUCUGUAAGAUCUAGCAAUUCAUCAACUGGCUCAGUAGAUUCCAGGCAGCUUACUGGUCAGAGCUCUGUUGAUAUCAGAACCCCUCCCAUGAUGCAGAUGUUUUCACAAGGAGAGAAGCAGCAGAAAAAUCUGGUUGCUGAUAUAACUGAGGAAAGUGAAACUGAAAGUAAGUCCAAGUCUUCCUCAUCAAAAGCUGAUAGUACUGCACAUGUGGAGGAGAAUAGUUACGAUGAGUUUACUGAAUCAGAGCAUACUGCAGAAGACACAAUUGCUGCAGAAGGGGUGAAAACACAAGGUGUAUCGGAGAGCAAAGAUAAUGACAAUGCAGAUGAUCAACAGUUAGAAAAACCGAAAAUGAAGAAGCCAUUGUUAGAAGAUUUAGUUCCAGCAUCUCUAGAGUCUACCGGUGUGUUGGAAGCUAGGACAGAAAUGGGUGGCCUUCAAAGAGAGGCUUCAGAACUUACAGAUACAUCAGAGGGGAGCAUCCCCUCCAGUGAUGGAAACAUUUAUUAUCCAUUUGUUAACAAAGAUAAUACAUUCUCAGUUGAUCUGAACAAAGGGUCAUCUGGUCUGGGUUUUAGUGUGUAUGGAGGAGUUGAUGUAGACACAGAUGACAAAUCUCAGGGUGUGAUUCGCAUCAAGAAGGUCUUUCCUCUUGGGCCGGCUAUAUCCUGUCAGCAGAUCCAGCGUGAUGAUGUGUUACUGGAAGUUAAUCAAGUUCCAGUCAAAGGUCUCACACAUGCAGCGGUUGUCUCACUUUUACACUCGGUUGCAUCCAAUGUAAACUUACUGAUGUGUCGCCCAAGUUGUGAUCAGUUGUCUCCCUUACCAAGAUCUAGUAGUGAGGAGUGGAUGGAACGUCGAGUAGCUGCACGUCUCGUGGACAAUGAAACACCUUCAGAGACAGAAUCCGAGGAUGAACCCAUUCUGUAUCGAGAUACCAUGUCUGACCGAGGUGUCAUCACCCCACCCUCAGGAUUUGCUUCCCCUGGUGUGGAACCAGAUUCCCAACACAUGUUUGUACCUCCCCCAAACAGUCCCCCACCUGCCCUUCCUAGAACCCCUCCCCCCUCAUUGUCACUACAGAACAGCCCACUCCCAGUCCAGGGAAAUGCUGGUAUGGGACGCUGGGGGAACUUUGAGAACCUGAGGACAGCUGUCAGUCCUAGAUCUGUAUACAGUGAUGAGUUUAACUCUACAUUUAAUUCAACUCAAGAAAGUCUUGAGGAGGUUUAUGAAGAGGAGGAAGGCCAUCAAAAUGACCAUGCUCAGGUCAAGAAAAGGUCAACAUCAUCCAGUAGCCAAUCAGAUGCAAGUGAAUCAUCUACAGAUUCAAUAGUGAGGUCUCCAUUGAAAGGAACAUACAACACAGGUGAGGGUCUACAAUCAACAGCCUCAGAGAGUGGCCUGGAUGCCAUAUUGUUCAAAAACAACAAGCACCUUGGAACAGGCACCAACUCCCUGCAGUCCUCAGAUAUUCCCACAGAUGAAGAUGACUUGAGUCUUGGUGAGACAGAACAGUAUUGUAGCUCACCCACAGCCCCUAGAACUUCGCCUACAGUUCCCAGUUCAACACCAAGGGAAUCCCCACAGCCCAGUGAAACUCUUAAUAGGGAUUCACUACAGCAGGCAGAAACGGGAGAGGAAGGGACUUCAGAGAGUGAAGAUGACACUGAUCAUAGUCAACAGACUCCAGGGGAGAUUGAGGUUGUCCUGAAGAAGGAUGAAAAGACUGGGCUUGGUUUCUCUGUGUAUGGAGGGGUUAGUAAAGGAGGAUGCUUCAUUAGGGACAUUGUGUCAGAUCCAGCUCUCUCUGAUGGAAGACUAAAGACAGGGGAUCGCUUACUUAAGGUAAAUGACAUUGACCUGACAAAAUUGAACCACACACAAGCAGUGGGACACUUGAGAAAUGCUCGGGAUCUGGUCAGGAUCUGUGUCUACCGUUCACCUCAAGCCACUUCUGACCCCAGCCCAAGAAUAGCUGAUCUCCCAAUGGAAAGGAAAGCUGAACCAAUUAGAAAAGAGGAAUUCCAGGAGAGUGAAGAGGAGGAAGGAGAAACCAUGAACAGUGGAUAUGAGCCGGACUCCAUGGAGUCAACCACUGACCUCACCAGUGUUACUCAGCCUGACAUGAUAAGCCUGGAGCUGGAUCGUUCCUGUCCUGGAGGACUGGGAUUCAGUCUAGUCACUGCAGAAAAAGACAACCAGACUGGUGUGUUUGUUCGAUCCAUACGACCCAACAGUCAGGCAGAUCGGGAUGGUCGACUGCAGGUCAUGGACAGAAUUGUGCAGAUAAAUGGAGAAUCAACGGUUGGACUUACUCACACGAAGGCAGCCCAGCUGAUAAAAGCUUCUCCACAAAGAGUCACUCUGACUGUGUCAAGGUUUUCAUCCAGACAACUUGAAACUAUGACCCCACCCAUUCUGCUCAACUAUUCAGAUGAUGAAGAUGAAGAAGACAAUGAUUAUAUGGAUGAAGACAAUGAUGAUGCUGAUCAUCUAACAGCCAGCAUGAAGGAGGAUGUGUAUGACUCAGAAGACGAUGACAUGGAUGCUCUUGUGACUGAGGCAGAAAAGUUGCUUCUGUCCUCAGGGUCACUGGACCUGAGUGAAAGGCCAUUAAAUGAGGGUAAGAUGAAGACACCAGGGGUAUCUUACAAACAAUGGCUGUCAGAAGAAAGGUCCAUGUCUGAUGAGAACACUGACCUGUCAGAGUAUGAAACACAAGAUACAGAGGAACUUCAACAGGGACUGAAGGCUAGGCUGGAGGUGAAGAAGGAAAGCAUGAAGAACCAAACCUUUACCAUAGACACCAUACAGAGAAAGCUAAAUGUGCAGGUACCAAGUGACAUCACAGCCAAGUGGCUGGACAGUCUGCCAAUGAUUGUGAUGUCAGAUGAUGUGAGAGACUGUGUGCCAGCCCUGAUUAGUAAACUACAGAACACUCUGGACCAGAGGAACCAUCAGGAAGAAUACAAGGAACUAAGGCAAGUGAAAUCCACUGAUGAAUGCACUGUUGCCAAACUCCCAGAGAAUAAACCUCUGAACAGAUUCAGGAACAUUCUACCUUACGACUUUAACCGAGUAGAGCUUUCUGGUCAUCAUAGCUACAUCAAUGCCAGCCACAUUUUGAUGAAUGUUGGGGAGAUGGAAGCUCACUAUAUUGCAGCACAGGGUCCACUUCCUGAAACAUCACAGGAUUUCUGGCAAAUGAUCUGGGAACAAAAUGUCUCGGUGAUUGCCAUGCUGACUUUGGAUGUGGAAAACGGGAAAGUCAAGUGUCAUCAGUAUUGGCCAGAUUCAGUGGAUGCACCGCUGUCUGUGUGUGAUGGAUUAUACAAGUUGAGUUUACUAAGGGUGCAAUACCUGGAGCAUUUUGACAUCAGAGAAAUAAUGAUUGAAAAUGUGGCCACAGGGACAGGUCGCGUAUUGUACCAUUUUAUGUUCACUAACUGGCCAGACCAGACAGCACCCAAUACAAUUCCUCUCCUCCAGUACCUGCAGUUGAUACACGCCCAUCAUACAACAGGGCCCAUUUCGGUUCACUGUAGUGCUGGAAUCGGAAGAACUGGCGCUCUGAUAACCAUAGACCUUGCCCUGGCUCAGAUUGAGAAAAAAGGACGGUGUGAUAUUUUUGAAAUUGUAACGGAACUACGCAAACAACGAUAUGGCAUGAUACAGGUUAAGGAUCAGUACACCUUAUCCUACUUUGCCUGCUUGGAGGCCUUAAGAAGUUUGUCUUCCUAGAGAUCACAUUUCCCAUAUUAAUUUUAUGUACAUGUAUCUUAAUAUCUAAUUUUUAAAAAAAAGCCAGCAUAUUCAAUAAUAUCUUUUAUAUUUUAAAGUCAUUGAUUCACUUGGUUCCAUUGUUUUGUUUCUUUUCAUUUGGUUUUCUGUAACAGAUGGGUCAUCAUUCACUUUAUAGUAUUGAUUGUAAUACAUGCUCAUCAUUCACUUAGUAUUGAUUGUAAUACAUGCAAUUUUUCUGCUACUCUUGUAUCUCUGUCAAGCAAUUGUGUAUGUGCAAUUGAUGUCUUCCUACUCGUAUAUACAUAUAUUUAUAUAACCAAAUUCUUUUUGUGUAUUUUUUUUUCUACUUUGUUUGAUCAGAAUGUGCAAAUAUUUUCAUGAUAUUUUUGUGUAACCUCUCUUUAAAAAACAACAAAAUGUCAAUCAACAAUUAAAAAAUAUAUACAUCUGUAGCAUGCUUUAUAGUGUGUAGUUGGUUGCAAUAAAUUUUUUGAUAUUUACAAUGUUUACCUCAUUUUAUAGUAAAUAUAUAUGCAAAUAAGUUUCACUCAUUCAUGGCAUACAUGUAUAUACAUCUAUUGUGUCAUAUUAAAUCACCAUUGUGUUUCAUCAUCAUUCCAUUAAAAAAAAAAUACUUUCCAUUUUAAACAUUUAUUCCUCAUACUUUGUGUACUGUGCCAUAAUAAUCAUAUGCUUGAUUUUCCCGAAAAAUUGUUAUAAAUCCUUGUUAUGCAUUGUUUUAUUCAUGUUUUCUCCAUCGUUUUAUAUGUAGCAGCUAUCUCAUAUUCUGCCAUGGUAUGUGUAUCUAGUAGUUACUCAUCAACUUUCAUAUUAAUUGACUCAGAAAAAAGCCAUCAGAUUAUUGCAUAAUUAUGGCAUUGUCUGUUCUAAACAAUAUCAUUUUGUAUACAUUGAGGUUAAAGUUUCUGGUCAUUCAUGUUAUUAUUUAAGAUUUUGAAAAUCACUUGUCAUAUUUUUGUGAACUAAACAAGCAGUCUUCAUAAUUUAAAAAACUAUAUAUAUUAUAUAAGUCCCAUUAUUAUUUAAUCCCUUUGAACUAUAUAAAUAUGAAAAUCUUAAUUUUUUAAAUAUUUUUUAUGCAUUGCUUAUUGAAAUGUUUUGUUAAUAUAGUCCCAUUCUGCCGUCCGUUUCUUUCUUUUUUUUAAUCUUCAUUGAGGCAAUUGCGUUUAACUUUAAAGAUUGAAGAAGAGCUUUGUUCUAAUCUUUGAGCCUGUUAUUGGUACAUGUACUUUAAGCACUGAUAUUUAUCCGGAUAUUUUUAGUAGAGAGAAGGGGGGGGGGGGGGGUUGUAAAUUGGCAUCAAAUUCUGAAGAUAUGCUGAUCACUUACAUUUAUAUAGGAAUGGAUUUUAGCACUGCUGUUGGACAAAAUGUUCAGUAUAUCUGUUUGUUAAACAUAAUCCUCUGAAGCAAAUCCAUGCCAAAAAUGUCCUAGCUGAUAUUUAUACUCCAUGUAAAGUAUUUCCUCCUAGAGUUGGGGGGGGGGGGGGGGGGGUCUCAACAUUCAGUUGUAUACAACUUUAAAACUGUGAUCAGUCUCUAGUCACCAUGCUGUUUUAAGCGAUACAUUUUGUAAUUUUUUUAACACUGUAAAAUCUUGUGGUUUGGAUUUCUCUUCGAUUUAUUUUAUUCAGUUAUUUCCAUAACUUAUUUAAAAAUGAUAUAUUCUAAAAAUAAAGCAUUAUUGUAUGUUGUGAAAAUCUUUGAUAAUUGACAUGAAUUUUGAGGAAAGUGUUUAUAUAACCAUCUUAUUCUUUAGCAUUGUAACAAGGCAUUCCUCGUUCAUAUAAUAUUUCUACAAUAAAGUUACAUGUAUAAAAUAAAACUGAUAUUAGCCACUCAU